AGUUUGCAACGUGUGAAAAAUUGAUAACAACUUGUAAAAAAUUUUCAUUUAUUUUUCAAAAAAUUAAAACAGAUUUUGAGGUUUGAAUUUCGAUAGUAAUUUUUUAAUCGACCCCUCGAUAUGUCAAAAAACUUAUCUGGAAUGUACGAAACGUAAUUCCAACUGUGAGAUAUUUUUAAAAUGAAAAAUUGAUGAAUUUUUUCCUGAUAGUGCAUCACAACAAUGACCAUUUCAGUGCAUUUUACAUGGAGUAAAAAGUGUUCUUUUGAAGUAACAUUUCUUGCCGGUAUUUUUCUUAUUGAACAAUGUUUAAGCACAAUAGUGAAAGAUGAUUAUUCGAGCGCAACAGGUGCAUUGGAGAAUCUCAACAACGAAGUAAUAAAUAUCCAUUCGAAUUCUAUCAAUCAAGAAGGAGAUUGGCCUUUACGAAAUUUUCCAGAGGAAAAACAAGAAAAAUGGACUAUGCCGAAUUUUCCAGAUGAAUCGUAUGAGCAUCGUUUCCUCUUUGCCGAUAAAAAUGAUACGUUUACUGUUGAUGUGCGAUGUGACGAUGCAAAUACAAAUUUAACGUUGGACUUGCAAGAUUUAGAUAUUAAUACGAUCUGUUUCACAAAAACAUUCCUUCCCGAUGCCAGUAUCGCUCCACUUCUCCACGAAGAUUUGAUUCCUAAGGCAUAUCUCCCUCCGCAUAUGUGUAUGGAAACAUCUAUAGAAUAUCCAGAUCCGAUGAUUACAUUUGGUGCUCAUAGACCAUUAUGGGGUCGGUAUGGAGAAUACGAGUAUAUACCAAAACAGCGUUGGAUGCAUAAUCUCGAACAUGGCGCUGUGGUAAUGUUGUACCAUCCUUGUGUUCAUCCUCUGGUUGUGGAUCAAUUAAGAAAACUAGUCACUUCUUGUUUAUGGAGACAUAUCAUUACUCCGUUUGCUCAUCUAUCUGUCGAACGACCUUUAGCCCUCUACGCUUGGGGAAAAUAUCUAAGCAUGAGUGUUGUUGAUUACGAUACAGUGACGAAUUUUAUCAAACAAAACGCCCUACGAGGUCCAGAAGACAUAGCAAUUGAUGGAAAAUAUAAUCAUUUAUUGAUCAAAGACGCCGAACCUGUUUCUUACCCAAGUGACGCCGUACUUUGUCCUCCUUUUCCUAGAGAUUAAUAUAGGUCUACAUUCCUUGAUGAAAAUCUCUACCAAAGAUUUGAUUUUUUUUAAAUCACCUGUUGCAUUUUAUAUAUUUUAUAAAUUAUGUUCAAUGUAUUUUAAGUCGACCUGUUUUAUGUAUUAAUUUAUUUCCAGUGUGCUUUUUUGUGAUUUUUUUCGUUGUUAGAUUAUGUUACAAUUGAUUUACGUACGAAUCGUUAAAUUCGAGGUAUUAUACGAAUGUGUAUUGUGUAGUAUUAUUGCCUCAAGUCCAUGGGCUACUAAUUAUUAUCCUUGUUCAACUACGGUACUUAUUUUAAUUUUUGAUUUCUUUUGUUUCAUUUGGCUGUUCUUGUUUAAAAUAAAAAUAUUUAUUUUUGUAA